CGAUAUCUCCCACAGUGCCCGAAACAAAAUGGUGGUUGACUGGAGGAUCGCUGCCUUCAGGUGACGAUGGGUCUCAUGCUGGACAGUGCCCGCGGCAGGGUGCGCUUUUGGUGACCGAGACGUCAGUGUCCUCUGAAAAGCAAACUUACCUCCAAGAGCUGCUGAGCAAUCAGCCACAAUGUCAAAUAAAGAGGUGAAAGCAGCCUUAAAGAGUGCUAGAGAUGCAAUACGAAAUAAAGAAUAUAAGGAAGCCUUAAAGCAUUGCAAGGCAGUCUUGAAGCAAGAAAAAAAUAACUACAAUGCUUGGGUAUUCAUUGGCCUGGCAGCUGCUGAGUUAGAGCAACCUGAUCAGGCCAAAGGAGCAUAUAAGAAGGCUAUUGAACUUGAACCAAACCAGUUACUGGCAUGGCAGGGAUUAGCAAAUUUGUAUGAGAAACCCAACCAAACAGAUGUCAAAGGAGACUUAGCAGAUGUAUACCAAAAACUCUUGGAACUCUACAAAAGUGGUGACAAGCAGAAAUGGUGUGAUGUAUGUAACAAACUUGUGGAACUGUAUCAUCAAGAAAAAAAGUAUUUAGAGGUGGCUGAAACAUGGCAGAAACUCAUACAAAUGAGACAGGAGGAAGGUGCAGAAAAGGCAGAGCUUCAUCAGCUUUGGAAGAAGAUGAUCCAGUUACUGAAAGACAGUACAAAGAACCAAGAUAAUAAGACUGAGCAGUUGCUUUUGACUGCAUUUGAACAUGCGGUGAACUCUGCUGACACUGUUCCUGGUGAAGACCACCAAAAUCUUUACAAGGACUUUAUCCAGUGCUUGUCAAAAUUUCCUCAUGAAGCAGCUAGGUUGGAAAAGGCCUGUAAUGAUAUGAUGGCUUUGUAUCCUACCAUGAGUUAUCCUUUAGAAGUACUUUGCUUGCACUUUGUUAAUUCAGGUACUUUGUCAGAAGAGGCCCUGCACUGUUUUUCUAGGCUUUUGGAGAUGGACACAAGUAGUGGUCCAGGCAUCAUUGGUUUUGGUAUAAAAUGCCUCCAAGAAAAGAAAUACAAGGAGGCUGUUAAGAGUCUUACUGAAGGUUUGCAGAAGACUAACCAGUGUCCAGCAGCAUGGCAUUAUUUAGCAGAGGCACAGGUGAAAAUUCACAAACACAGAAAUGCUGUCCUGUCCUGCAAUCAAGCUCUUGAGGCUCUUGAAAUUCCUGAGGGUCCUAAUCUUUGGCAGAAGAAACUUGUCCUUCAGUUGAAAGCAGAGACUUUGAUUAAAAUAGCUGAUGCUGAUGCUGCAGAAGAAGCCAUUAAAGCACUUGAGCAGAUUGUAGAUGCAAGCAGUGAUCCUGUGAUUUCAGCUAUAAGGGGCCAGGCUUAUCUAAAGAAAGGUUUAAUUGAUGAAGCUUCUAAGAUUUCACAAGAGCUUCUGUUGUCUCACCCUGAUCUGGCUGAGUCCCAUGCUCUAGAUGGUUAUAUCCAUUAUUCCCAAAAGAACUAUGAACAAGCAGAAAGAAGUUUUCUGAAUGCUAUUGAAAGAAAGGCAGAAACUGCAGAGUAUCAUCAGUACUUGGGGCUCACAUACUGGUUCAUGAGUGAUGAGACAAAAAGAGACAAAGGAAAAGCACUCACUCAGUUCUUGAAGGCUGCAAAAUUGGACAGCUACUUGGGAAGUGCCUUUUUUUAUUUAGGUAACUACUAUAGAGACAUUGCUGGAGAUAAAAGUAGAGCUCGUGGUUGCUAUAAAAAGGCUUUUGAACUGGAUGAAACGGAUGAAGAAUCUGGAACAGCAGCUGUAGACUUAAGUGUGGAACUUGGAGAUAUGGAUACUGCUCUGUCAAUCCUGAAUGAGGUAACUGAAAAAGCAAGCCCUGGUACAGCAAAAUGGGCCUGGCUUCAUCGUGGACUUUAUUACCUGAGAAGUGGUCAACCGUCACAAGCAGUGGCUGAUUUGCAGGCAGCUCUCAGAGCUGAUCCAAAGGAUUCCAACUGCUGGGAGUCUCUAGGGGAGGCUUACUUGAACAGAGGUAGCUACUCAACAGCUCUGAAAUCCUUCAGGAGAGCAAGUGAGCUGAACCCAGGGCUCAUGUACAGCAUUUAUAGAGCUGCAGCACUUGAGCAGAUUCUAGGCAAAUACGAAAAUGCUAUAGCUACCUAUAAACAAAUUUUAAAGAAGACAGAAAACUAUGUGCCUGCACUGAAAGGACUUGGUGAAUGCUAUCUCAUGCUGGCAAGAUCAGCCCUGGAUAACUAUUUGGAUAGGAAGGCUGUGGGUUACAUAGAGCAGGCUCUUGAAUAUUUCACAAGGGCAAUAAAGGACCGUCCGGAUAUAUCUUGCCUCUGGAAACUUUUUGGAGAUACCUGUACUAGUGUGCAUGUUAUUUCACCAAGCAAAGUGCAUGUUCAAGUACUAGGAUCCCUUCUUUGGGGAAAAAUGAGUAAAAACACAGACAAACAGACGCUGAACAAAAAUGAGCUGCUCAUACUUGGAGGAAGGUGUUAUGGCAGAGCUUUAAAAUUGAUGCCUUUACCUAGCAUAUGGUGUGAUCUUGGAAUAAAUUAUUAUCGACAAGCAGAGCACCUCACAGCAGUGGGCACUGACAAGAAUGAGAUCAGUGAACUGCUAGAGAAGUCCUUGCAGUGUCUCAAAAAGGCUGUAAGACUUGACAGCAAAAAUCAUCUUUUUUGGAAUGCACUUGGUGUAGUUGCUUCUUGUAGUGCUAUUGCGAAUUAUGCUCUUGCUCAACAUUCGUUCAUCAAAUCUGUUCAAGCUGAGCAAAUUAAUACUGUUGCCUGGACCAACUUGGGGGUUUUGUAUCUGGCAACUGGAAACGUUGAGCAAGCUCAUGAAGCUUUCAAGGUAGCCCAGUCUCUGGAGCCUUCUUACUUGCUGUGUUGGAUUGGACAGGCUCUUAUUGCAGAGAUGGUAGGCAGCUAUGAUACUAUGGAUCUCUUCAGGCACACAACUGAACUCAAUAUGCAUGCUGAGGGAGCAAAAGGCUAUGCCCACUGGGUAUGUUCAACACUGCAGGACAAAGCCAAUAGAAACACUGAACUAUAUUUGUACAACAUUGUUCAAAUGAAUGCUAUCCCAGCAGCCCAGGUGGUAUUGAGCAAAUAUACAGAAAGAAAUCCAGAUGAUGCAUCUGCUUUCACAAUGCUUGGUUAUUUGAAUGAGUAUCUACAUCUAAAACAGCAGGCAGCAUAUGCGUAUGAGAGGGCAGCUUCAUUGCUGAAAAACUCUGAGGAUACUGAGAAAUACAAUACAGCAAUGCAAAACUAUGGCAGGUCACUGUGUGCCCUUGAUCUGUGUGACAAGGCCAUUGAAGUUUAUGCGUCAAUACCCCUAACUGAGUUUGAUGGCAUUGUGGGGCUAGCAUUAGCUUACUUCAAGAAAGGACUCUUAGAAGAAAGUAUCAAAGCCUAUGAAAAAGCCCUGUCUGUUGCUGAGUCUGAAAAGGAUAGAGCACAUAUCCUGACUGCCUUGGCAAUAAUAGCAUAUAAACAGGACAAAGUGGAUGCUGCAAAGACACUGCUGUUCAAAUGUUCAUUAAAGGAACCCAGUAUGGAAAGUCUGAAGGCUUUGUGCACACUAGGACUGGUAAAGCAGGAUGCAACACUUGCAACAGCUGCCCUAAAAGAAUUACUGAAGCAUGAAAAAGGGGGUGAUGGGAUUUAUGAGCGGUGCCUUACUGCAUCUGCAGUUUAUGCAUUACAAGGUAGAAAUGUGGGCAUCCAGAGAGAAGUGUCCAAAGCAGUGCACAGUAACCCGGAUAAUCCUGCUCUCUGGUCCCUUCUAUCUCGAGUGGUUCCACUGUCUGCAUCACAAAAGGCAAAAGGGGGAGCUGUGGCAGGAAAUGUCGCACAUAUACUUGAUGUAAAGCAUGGAAAGGAAGUCCUGCUGAAUAUUGCAGUUAAUCAGUUGGCAGCAGGAUGUCACAUGCUAGAAGAUGAGAAAAACAACCCUAUAAAAAAUAUCCAGAGGGCCAUCCACAUCUGUCCAGAUAAUCCUGCUGCCUGGGCAGUGCUUAUGGCAGCCUGUCAUGCUGAAAACACUGUUGUCUGUCUAAACAACACUCAGCCGAAACGAACAGGUCUGGAGAUGACACUUGUAUCUACGGUUUCAGCCAAAACUGGGGAAAGUAACCUUCCUCAUAAUUAUGUCCGUAUUCUGGAAGACUGGUGUCUCUGUCAAGCUAUUACCAGUCUAGAGGAGACUGGUAAACUAUCAGAAGCUGAAGCUCUUUGUAACAAGGCUUUAAAAAGCUGCCCUGAGCACCCAACUCUGUUUUUGCUUUUGAGACAAGUUCAGUGUAAGCAGCUGUUGAAGUCUCACAAAGAACUUCCAGGCAACAUCCUGGAGGAGCUUCGCAAGACAGUCAUGACCAGUUCAACUUCAGUUGCAGCCUGGCAAUGGCUGGCAAAAGUAUAUCAGUCUCAGAGAAUGAUGAUUGGAGCGGAGAUGUGUUACAGAAAGAGUCUGCAGUUGGCGUCACAGCAGGGCAGCUGGAACGGGAAGUUAUCCAGUCUGCUCAGGCUAGCUAUGCUCGCACUGGAAAUCUGCAUGGCUAAUGUCUCAAAUGAUCACUGGCCAUCCUUGGUUCAGGAGGCAACAACUGAAGCUUUGAAACUUUCUCCUUGCCCCCUGGCAGCUCUGCUUCAAGCUCUGCUACAGUAUAAUCGCAAAAUGGGAGCAAGGGAGACUCGACGAAUGUUGGAGAGAGUGGUUUAUCAACCAGGGAAUCCAGAAACCAUAGUGUCGGUGGCACGCUGGUACCUCCUGCAACAUCUGUAUGCCAAAGAUGAUUGUGAAUUAAUAGAUGUGCUUAUAGAAAAUGCCAAAGCUAAUGGGGAUGUUAGAGCUCUGGAACUAAAUGAGAAGUUGUCAGCAAGCACCUAAUAUGGACUGUCUGAAGCAAAAUAAUCUUCUAUUCAUCUAACUCAACUAGUCCACCUUCCAAAAGCAUAUAUGGUUUGGGCUAUUGUAUUUGUUUAUGUCUGGUUUCGUUUUUUUCUGUUUCAUCAACUGAAACUUUGUCCUUAGUUUUACUUCUUCUUGAACAAAAGUAGGCUACUUUCUUGUUGAGUUACAUAACCCUUAAAAUCACACUUUACUUUGAAAACAAAGUCCUGACAUUUUCUUUUGUUUGCUUCUUCACUUAAACUUCAUCACUAUUCACAACAGAGAGUAUUUGUCUGUAUUUUCCCCUUGACCACCCACAGAAGUACAAUAUCAACUGCAUUGGCAGUGACACCAGGUUUUCUUGGCACAGAAUCCUAAGAGUUAAGUAAUAGCAAACUUUUCUCUCUUGGUAAUGCAGCUGCUGACUGCACAAUUGGAUGAAUGAUGACAGAGAUUCUUAAGACAUGUUAUUAUUUUGACUUUAUGUACAUGAAAUUAAAUAAAUUAAAAUAAAAAAGCAGUGACUCUAACCUGUUAAAGCUACCAUGAGGAUUCUCACUCUGUUUCAAGAGUCAAGAUACCUAUCUGUCUUCUGGUUUAAAGCUUGUUAAAAUUUCCGUCCAGCGAAUCUUACAAUGGCUUAUAUGAUCCCAUAUUAGAGGGAAGAAAGGGCACUUCAAAGGCAUGCAGUGGGACUGCACUGAACAUACACUUGCUUUUGGAAUCAGUUGUUCUAGUCUUACAGAAAACAGGAUGCUGAGCUCGGCUGUGCAUCUCUACAAGUAGUCAUGCACAGUGAUCUCUGGAGAGCAUGCCAGUGUCAUUUUAACAGGAAAAGUAAUCUCAGUUGGCUGGGGCUUCUACUCUGCAGAGGUGAGUAGCAACCUCUGACUGGCAAGAAUCCCUUCUUUCUUAUCUCUUAUCUCUCUCACUCCCUUCACUCCUUAUCGCUUUCAUUCUCCCUCCCUUAAAAAGAUUAUUUACUGUAAAUUUAGAUCGUUUGUGUUUCCCUUCACAACCUGGUGUCACAUAGUCUUGAACUGUCACUAAUUGCAAAUAUUAAAAGUGUUGCCUAAAGAGACCACUGAGAAAAAGACUCCAGGCCAAUUUAGUGUAAAGAUAAGAUAAAAAGAGCAGGUCCUUUAAUCAGGCCUCAGGCCCAGGGGAAUAUACACAAUAUGCGCCCCAGACAAUGGUUCUAUGAUUUUAUAAUAAGGUCCAUCCAAUCCCAGAUCUAUCCAGCCCCCGGUCCUGCCCAGUUCUGCCCCCUGACACGCUCCUUCAGGAAUUGGAUUUGAGGAAGAAGGGGUCCCAAAGACCUCAUCUUCAUGUUCACAGCACAUACAGUCCUUGGAGCUACUCCAGAGUUCUGGGCUUAAAGAUUGCUGUGUCUGUGUGAUAUCUUCUGGUCCAGGCCUAGCAUGCGAUGUUCUUAAACAGAGGUGUUUUUCUACAAUUCUACCUUGAAAAGAAGACUAAACACACUAACAGAAUUUAGAGGGAAUUUUUGACAUGAAAUGGGGUAAUAGGGUUGGGUAUAUAUAAACUAUUAUGUUAAAGGGUAAGGGAUAUAAGACAGCUACAUUAAAAUCUACAUUUACUACACAACUACUUUUAAAAUCUACAAAAGUUAAAAAAUCCAAAAAGCUAUGACACAUCAAAAGGGAAUGUUACGAAAGCCAGAUUUGUGACUCUCAAGAACAGCUGUAACUUUUUUUAGCUUGCUGCUAUUAAAAACCUGAAAAAAUU